UCUCGCUCUGGCCGACCUGUACGUCACACCCCUGCCGCCUUGGACUUGUGCUCGCCGCCGCCCUCUUCUGUGCGUCAGCUCAACAAAUUUUGGGGGUCUCUCCCUAUACAUAUACAUCUCCCUCUCCAAUCGUUCUCUUCCAAUUUUCAGGAGCAAUGUUGAUGGGCUCAAUUCGUAACUUUAAACAUAGAAAUUAUUCGACCUCACUCUCUCCUCUCCAGUCUCUAAGCUCUCAUAAGCCUAUAAACAAUCCACUUUACAAUUUUCUACCCCAAUCAAACAAUCCAAACAACGUUGUUGCCCUCGUUUGCUCUUCCCUCAAGGAAAACGAUCACGCCUCACUGGAGCAUCUUAAAGAGCAAGGUUUGUUUAGCCGUUUCACCAGCCUUGAACUGUCAAGAGUAUUGCUGAGAUGCCAGUCCGAUUCAUCAGCCUCCCUCGGUUUCUUCAAUUGGGUGAGAAAUCGUUUGUGUCUCCUACCGAAUGCGCAUACUUACUGUAUUAUGAUCCACAUUUUGGUUUGGUCUAAGAAUUUUAAGAAAGCUAUGAAAAUCAUGUCAGAAUUGGUGCAGUUGAAUGCAAAUGUAAGUGAUUGUGAGAGGUCCAAUCUGUAUGAUAGCUUGCUUUCGAGUGCUAAUGACUGUAAUUGGGAUCCCGUUGUGUUUGAUAUGCUCAUCAAGGCUUACCUCAGAUACAAUAUGGUCACAGAUGCUUUUCAUGCUUUUAAGAAAAUGGUGAAGCGUGGCUUUGUUCCGAGCAUUGUUGCUACAAAUUGUCUUUUGAAUGGGUUGUCAAAGAUGGACUGUUUGGGGAAAUGUUGGGAAGUUCACCGAGAGAUGUUGAGAAUCCAGAUACGUCCUAAUGCAUGCACAGUUAACAUAUUUGCCCACAUCUUGUGCAAUGAGGGUCAUAUGGAUAAGGUGAAUGAAUUCUUGGAGAGGAUGGAGGAAGAGGGAUUUGACCUAGAUAUAGUAACAUAUAACAUUCUAGUUGAUGGGUAUUGCAAGAAUAGGAGGUUGAAGGAUGCUAUUUAUUUGUAUAAUAUCAUGUGUACAAGAGGCAUGGUUCCUGAUUUGAUCACAUAUACGACUUUGAUUAAUGGUCUAUGUAAGGGCGGUAGUGUGAGAGAGGCUCAUCGGUUUUUCAGUCUGAUGGUUCAGAGAGGGUUGAGGCCUGAUGCUGUUACAUAUAAUACUCUAAUAUAUGGGUACUGCAAAGAGGGGAUGAUGCAAGAUGUGAGAGCGGUGUUGUUUGACAUGAUUCGAAACAAAGUUAGCCCUGAUGACUUCACUUGCUGGUUGCUCAUAAAAGGUUAUCAAAAUCUGGAUAGGAUGAUAUCUGCAGUGAAUCUAGUGGUUGAGCUUGUGCGUUAUGGCAUCAUGGUCUCACCAGAUAUUUAUUGUUAUUUGAUACUUGCUUUAUGUAAUGACGACAGACCAUUUGCAGCAAAGUCUCUGUUGGACCAGAUGUCUCAAAAUGGUUAUGUGCCGAAUGCAGAAGUAUACAAUGAGUUAAUUUGUUCUCUUUCUAGAGGAAAAUUUGUCGAGGAAGCACUGGAGUUGAAAAUUGAGAUGGUGUCAAAAGGUUUGAAGCCUAAAAUGAGUGCAUAUGGAGCUAUUAUUGGAGGUAUGUGUGAAUUAAGAAGAAGCAUGGAGGCUCUCUCGUUUAUGCAGGAAAUGAUUGAAUCUGGUUUGCCUCUAGAUAUCAAAAUUUGCAGAUCUUUGGUGUAUGGGUUGUGCAAAGAGAAAAAUAUUUUUGAAGUUGAAUCACUAUUGGGUUUCUAUGCCAAGGAGUUUCAAAUCUUUGAUGCAGAGUGUUAUAAUGCAAUAGUUAGGGUACUCUCUGAGGCAGGUGUCCCCUCUGAGUUAAUCAAAUUGCAAGAUAGGAUGGCUAAACUGGGGUAUGCACCAAAUAGCUUAACUUGCAAGUGUGUAAUUGAUGGCAUGUGGAAAGCAAUGAAAGCAUAGAGGCAUGAGCUACUGGUGAAAUGAUGUUGCAUCUCUUCUUGAACCUCUAUUUCCAUCCCCGAAUUCAACCUCAAAUUCCUUCACCUCUAAGAAUCACAACAUUCUUGGCCAUGGCAAGCUGAAGGGGGGUCGAAGAAAAUGAAGGGAGAUUGGUCGUAUCUGGAUUGGUGAGAUUGUUCCAGCCCUUUGAGAGAAUCGAGCUUGCACAACCAUCCAAACCUAU